AUGCCGCCCGCCGCCGUCCCGCUGCUGCCGCUGCUGCUGCUGCCGCUGGCGCUGGCGGCGCGGCCCGCGGGCCCUCCGCACAGGCCUACGUUUGCAUGUGGAGGAGUCGUAUCUGGAGAGUCAGGGUUUAUUGGGAGUGAAGGAUUUCCUGGAGUCUACCCUCCAAACAGCAAAUGUACUUGGAAAAUCACAGUCCCAGAAGGCAAAGUGGUGGUUCUGUCUUUCAGAUAUUUAGACCUGGAAAGUGACAACUUGUGCCGAUACGAUUUUGUGGAUGUGUACAACGGCCACACCAAUGGACAACGCAUUGGCAGGUUCUGCGGCACUGUGAAACCGGGUGCCCUUGUAUCCAACAGCAAUAAAAUGCUCGUGCAGAUGACUUCAGAUGCUAAUACUGCUGGAAGUGGAUUCAUUGCUAAGUUUUCUGCAGCAGAACCACAUGAAAGAGGGGAUCAGUACUGUGGGGGACGACUGGAGAAGCCUUCUGGGUCCUUUUACACUCCCAACUGGCCAGAUCGAGAUUAUCCAGCAGGAGUCACAUGCUCCUGGCACAUUGUAGCCCCAAAGAAUCAGCUAAUAGAAUUAAAGUUUGAGAAGUUUGAUGUGGAAAGAGACAACUACUGCAGAUAUGACUAUGUCGCAGUGUUUAAUGGUGGGGAAAUCAAUGACGCCAAAAGAAUUGGGAAAUACUGUGGAGACAGUCCACCUGCGCCUAUUCUAUCUGAGAGAAAUGAGUUGCUUAUUCAGUUUCUGUCUGAUUUAAGUUUAACAGCUGAUGGUUUUAUUGGCCAUUACAAAUUCAGACCAAAGAAGUUACCCACAACCACAGUUCCACCUACUACAACCACAGUCCCUGCUACAUCAACUUUGAAACCUACAGUUGCCCUGUGCCAGCAAAAGUGUAGGAGGAGUGGGACUCUUGAAAGCAAUUACUGUUCGAGCAACUUUGUAAUAACUGGAACUGUAUUCACAACAAUGGCACGGGCUGGCAGUCUACAUGCAACAAUAUCAAUCAUUAAUGUAUAUAAGGAGGGAAAUUUAGCAAUUCAACAAGCAGGCAAGAGUAUGAGUGCCAAGAUUACUGUUGUAUGUAAGCAAUGUCCUCUGAUCAGAAGAGGUUUAAACUACAUCAUCAUGGGCGAGGUAGAAGAAGACGGCAGAGGCAAAGUCUUGCCCAACAGCUUUGUCAUGAGUUUCAAGACUAAGAACCAAAAGAUCCUGAAUGCCUUGAAAAACAAAACAUGUUAAAACUAAACUCUGCAACUGCCUUCUAUCAUCUCUUCUAAAUAUAAUUUUCACUUAGUAUAAGUCAUGAAAAUACAUCUGACCCUAUACACUAAGACCAUGCUUACCCAUCUUCCCACACAUCCAUCCAAAUACACCACACAAAGUGGUUUCUAUUGUAUACACCUAUCAAGAGAAGAACAGACCCUAAGUCCUGAAGAUUUGCAGACAUUAGAUAUGAAACAUACCCAAUUCCAAUUACUUGGAAGCUAUUAAUUUAUAAUUGUCCAAUUUUUUAAGGAGUUAUGUAUGUAAAAUAAGAAUUUUAAGUGCAAUAUUUAUAGUAACUCAUUUUAACUUAGCUUUUUUUCCUUGGAAGUUGUUUUAUUAUAUGGAUUCCAACAUUAUUAUCUGUGCUUAAUAAAAUAUUUCAAGAUUAAAUCAUAUACCAACUAGUUAUUCAUUAUGUAUGAAGUGGGCAGGCCAAACAUAGAAACUUGUUUUUGAUCAUUUACAUGCUUUUGAUGCUUUGGGUCUUGCCUACUGUGAUUGACACUACACUUCCUUACUGAUUAAAAGCUUGAUUUUACUUUCAUUGAAGUCAGUGAAUCAUUGAUGUGAACAGGAACUGGAUUUACUCUUCAAAGAAUUAGACUCAACUGUAUCACAGCAACAAACCUUUCUCUACUAGUAACUAAAUAAUGAUAUUUGCUAACUAGAAUAAAGUUCCCUAAGGUAAGGAAAAACAUAGGAAUUAAUUCAGUGGUGAUAAAGUACACAUGCAAAUAGUUUAAAUUUUUGUUUCUACUGCGAAAGAAAGGACAACAGAGCAAUGCUCAGUCUGGAAGCAGUAGUGUAAAUAGGCUAUCUGGCUAAUUUAUUUCAUUCAUGUAUGUAGAAAUUGAAGAAAAGUGGCAUUUUUGAGAAAGGAACAGAUUGGAGGCAGUUAGACAGAACAUUAUAUUAUUUAGAGAUCUUUGCCAGGUCUGUCUAUUGUAUCUAGUCAUAUAUUAUUCUGAAUUAUUCAUAUAUUAUUCUGAAACUGAAAGGUAACAACUGAAGAUGGAAGAAUAGAAAUAGAUUAUAGAUACAGAUUAAUGCCGGAGAAGUCAAAGAAUAAUUUGAUCAGAAGCAGAUACAAAAUGCAUGCUUUUCAAACUGUGUAAAACUUAAAUAUUAAUAAAAAUGGCAUGGAACAGAA